UGGGGUUGUGCCUCAGGGACAGUCUUUGUGUUCUCAUGGGGAGAAGAGAUGGUGGCGACCUACAGGGUUUGGAGAGAAGAACUGAUGAGGCCGACCCACCAGCCAAAGGCUGAGGGUUCAGAAUCUGGAUUUACUCUCCAGGCUGCUGCUUCACAUUGAGGUUUUCUUUUUGUUGGAGCCCAGAACUUUAUCAGGUUUUGUCAAGAACAAAUUGAAAUUUUUUUAUUUGGUUUUUGGGGCAACGUCUGUCCACUGGGGAAAAUCUGAUUUUUGCCAAGUAAUUUACACAAAGACUAAACGGAUGAACCCAGGAAAGGGAUUUCUAUGUGGUGUGGGCCUCUCUUUCUCCGUCUGCUUGCAUUUAAAAAGUUCACUCAGCCACAAUUUUAGUGAGGAAAGAAAGCGAUGAAGCAAAACCUUCAGCUGGAAUCACAGAGGACAAUGUCUGCUCCAUCAAAGAUGUUGUGAGGAAGACAGAGGAGGAAGUCUCUCUGUCCCCUAAACCUUCUGCUCCAGGUAAAAGAUGGCGCAGCAGCAGGAAGUGGAUUUCGAGAAAAAACUUUUAGAUGUUCGCUCUGAGUUUGUGAAGAGAGUGUCUGAGGAAAUCCUGAAUCAGCUCCUCGAUGACCUGGAAUCAGAUGGUGUCUUUAAUCUUUUGGAGAAACAGGCGAUACUUGAAGGGAACCCAAUCACAUCAAAAAAGGCCCGGGAGACCAUUGAUGCCGUGAGGAUGAAAGGACCGAGAGUCAGUGAAAUCAUGAUCAAACGUCUUCACCACAGAGAUCCCACUCUGUCCAAUCUGCUGGGUUUGUCCUCUUUGUCUCCUGCCAAAGAUUUUCAUAUUCAGUGUCAACAUGACCAUAAACAGUCUGUGAAGACGAUGUUCCAAAGUUUCUGUGAAGGCGUCGCUGAACAUGGAAAUCAAACGUUUCUGAACCAGAUCUACACAGAGCUCCACAUCACAGAGGGGUUAACUAGAGAGGUCAACCAGGAACAUGAGGUCAGACGGAUUGAAACAGCAUCCAGGAAACAAGGAACAAUCAGAAGAGAAGACAUCUUUAAACCAGGAAGUGGUCAACCAAUCAGAAGAGUGAUGACAAUGGGAGUGGCUGGCAUUGGGAAAACACUGUUAACACAGAAGUUCACUCUGGACUGGGCUGAGGGCAGAACCAACCAGAACAUCCAGUUCAUAUUUCCAUUCACCUUCAGAGAGUUGAAUUUGCUGAAAGAGAAAAAGUUCAGCUUGGUGGAACUGAUUCAUCACUUCUUUACUGAAACCAAAGGAAUCAGUAACUUUGAACAGUUCCAGGUUCUGUUCAUCUUUGAUGGCUUGGAUGAGAGUCGACUUCAUCUGGACUUCAACAACAAGGAGAUCCUGACUGAUGCUACAGAGUCCAGCUCACUGGAUGUUCUGCUGACAAACCUCAUCAGGGGGAAACUGCUUCCCUCUGCUCUCCUCUGGAUAACCACACGACCUGCAGCAGCCAGUUUGAUCCCAGAUGAGUCUAUUGACAGGGUCAUAGAGGUCAGAGGGUUUACUGAUCCCCAGAAGGAGGAGUACUUCAGGAAGAGAUUCAGAGAUGAUGAGGAGAAGGCCAGCAGGAUCAUCUCCCACAUCCAGAAAUCAAAAAGUCUCCACAUCAUGUGUCACAUCCCAGUUUUCUGCUGGAUCACUGCUAAAGUUCUGGAGGAAAAGAUGAAGACCAGAGAGGAAGGAGAGCUGCCCAAGACCCUGACUGAGAUGUACAUAGAGUUCCUGCUGGUUCAGAACAAAAUCAAGGAGGAAAAGUAUGAUGGACGACGAAAGACAAAAUCUAUCUGGAAUUUAAAGAACAAGAAGCUGAUUGAGUCUCUAGGAAGACUGGCUUUAGAUCAGCUGCUGAAGGGAAACCUGAUCUUCUAUGACAAAGAUCUCAAACGGUGCGGCAUCGACAUCAAAGAUGCUGCGUUGUUCUCAGGAGUUUUCACUGAGAUGUUUAAAACGGAGAGAGGAACGCGCAACAUCUCCGUCUACUCCUUUGUUCAUCUGAGCAUCCAGGAGUUUCUGGCUGCCGUCUACAUGCUCCACUGCUUCACCACCUGGAGGAAAACAAAAGUGAUCAAGAGUUUGCUGGGAAAAUAUUAUUUUUUCAUUUCUUUGGGUGAGUUCAUGAAGAAAGUCAUGAAGAAAUCCCUCAGAAGUGAAAAUGGCCACCUGGACCUGUUUGUCCGCUUCCUUCAUGGUCUCACUGUGGACUCCAACCAGAGACACUUAGAGGAUCUGCUGGGUCAGACAGAGAACCGUCCAGAAAGCAGGACGGGAAUGUUAAACAUAAUGAAGAAAAUAUUCACUGGUUAUAACUCUCAUGACAGAAUCAUCACCAGCCUGAAGGAGAUGAACACUGAUAGAAUCUCUCCUGACAGAAGCAUCAACAUCUUCCACUGUCUUGUGGAGAUGAAUGACCUCUCAUUUUAUCAGGAGAUCCAAUGGCUGCUGGAUUCAGGGAAGCAGCUCUCAGGGACUGCCUGUUCAGCUCUGGCCUUCAUGCUGCAGAUGUCAGAGGUUCUGGAUGAGUUGGACCUGGAGAAGUACAACACAUCACCAGAUGGACGACAGAGACUGGUUCCAGCUGUGAGGAACUGCAGAAAGGCUCGGUGAGUCCAGAU